ACCUCGACCCCGCCCCUCCACGCACGUUCUCUCCGAACCCUAUUGGGCGAUGUCUGUAACUGCAACCCGGAAGUGGGGCGGGGCGGUCACUGUGCUACCCGCACGCACGUGGGUGAGGUGCCGGUGCGUGGCGCAUUCCGUGGUGUCUGUAUGUGUUCCAGGGCAGCCCCCGCAGCUUCGGGGCCCGGCCAGGCAGCGGCGGCGGAGGAGGCGGAGAUGCCGGAGCUGUCUGACAGCAGCGGCGAGGAGGCCUGGGAGGACGAGGAGGACAUCGCGGAGCUGCAGACCCCCUGCCUCUUUUGUGACCGGCUGUUCAGUUCUGCUGAAGAUACAUUUUCCCACUGUAAAUCGGUGCAUCAGUUUAAUAUUAGUAACAUGAUCCAUAAGCAUGCACUUGAGUUUUAUGGAUACAUUAAACUAAUAAACUUUGUUAGAAUGAAGAAACCAACUGCAGAGUACUUGAAUUCUCUCAGCAGCCCGCUGCCUUGGGAGGAAGAGGAGUACUUGAAACCAGAGCUAGAAGAUGAUUUAUUACUUCAGUUUGACAUAGAGGAUCUUUAUGCUUCUACAAACAUCUUGGACCCUAGUGGAUUAAGUGAUAACACAGCAGUCCUUGAACAGUUGAAAUGUAUGGAACACAGAGCAAAGCUUGCAGAAACAGCAUUAGCCAGAGCACAAGAAGAUCUUCAGAAAAUGAGACAAUUUGCCCAGGAUUUUGUGAUGAAUGCAGAUGUCAGAAGCAACUCAUCGUCGUCUAGCGCCAUUGCGGAACUCCGGGACGAUGAGGAUGACAUUUACUUCAGUUCAUAUGGGCAUUAUGGGAUACACGAAGAGAUGCUAAAGGAUAAAGUGCGUACUGAAAGCUAUCGUGACUUCAUAUACAAAAACCCACACAUCUUCAAGGGCAAGGUAGUUUUGGAUGUUGGCUGUGGGACUGGAAUACUCUCUAUGUUUGCUGCCAAAGCAGGUGCGAAGAAGGUGAUUGGAGUUGACCAGUCUGAAAUUGUUUAUCAGGCAAUGGACAUCAUUAGGCUGAAUAAUCUUGAAGAUACGAUUACCCUAGUCAAAGGAAGAAUUGAAGAAGUUGAUUUGCCUGUUGAGAAAGUGGACAUUAUUAUAUCUGAGUGGAUGGGCUAUUUCCUUCUCUUUGAGUCUAUGCUGGAUUCUGUCAUUUACGCGAAAGACAAGUACCUGGCAGAGGGAGGCUCAGUCUAUCCAGACAUCUGCACCAUUAGCCUGGUGGCUAUAGGUGAUAAGAAUAGACAAGCAGAUAGACUAGCUUUCUGGGAUGAUGUGUAUGGCUUCAACAUGUCCUGCAUGAAGAAGGCUGUAAUUCCAGAAGUUGUUGUGGAGGUAGUGGAUCCAAGCACACUUAUAUCUGAAGCCAGUGUCGUUAAGCGUAUAGACUGUCACACAACAUCCAUUCCGGAUCUUGAGUUUUCAUCGGAUUUCACCCUAAUUAUUACUGAGAAUACCAUGUGUACGAUAUCUGGCACAUAAGGUUAAAUAACAUUGCUGCUGUGGGUUACAGAAUCUGUCAACUCCUUCUAGUGACUGAUAACUUCUAGAUGAAAAUUAUAUACAUAAAAUUAGGAUAAUGUUGGUUUGUUUCUCAUAGCUGUUUUGGGGACAAUGCCUAAUUCUGAUUUGGUGUAUGUUGAAUGAAGUCAUUCUUUUACCUGCUAAUAAGAUGGGGAAAUGCUUUGGGAAACUUAGAUAAUUACACUGAUUUAUUUGUGACGGUAAUUCUCAGCAAAACACAACAGGCCUUCAGUAUUUGUUACAGCACAGAAAGUUGUAUGUUUUGAGGGAGAGAGGUCUUUUUCAAAAUCUCAACCUUCCCUGUACCUCUUAAAAAGCUGUAUGUGGGGAAAUCUGAGGAAAACGUGUGGACACACACUUUUUUUUUUUAAAGUUCUUAGAAAUUUAUUGUGGGAGGGAAAAUCAUUCUGGAAAGAGCCUGAGAAAAUGAGUAUUAUGUUUUAUUUUUUAUAAACAAGAAAAUUUGGCAUAUAUGCUACUAAGGUUGGAACAAUGCUUUUUGGUUUUAAAACUUAAUUUUAAUUGUUCCAUCACCAUUCAUAAGGAGGAUUUUGAUCUUUGCAAGUUUGUACUUAAUUGUUUUGAAGGGUUGCCUAAAAUAUUUAAACAUUUAGCAACGAAUAUUCUAUCAAGUAAAUAGAUUUUAAAGAGUAGGCUUUGUGUUCUGAGCCUUUAAUGAAUAUCUUAGUAAAUACCUUUUGUUUUAUGGCCUGUAGAGAAAAGGUUAAAUAUCAAUCUGAGAACAUGUUAUAAGUACAGGGAGUCUUGUUCAGUGUUCAUUUAGAUCAGUGUUAAAAUGUUAAAUAGUGUUUUCAGUAACUAAGACUUACAUUCUAGUUGGGAGUCUACUCCAUUGAAUGAUUUUGUAGUCUUGGCAUGAUUUCAGUAAUGUAGCUUUCAGAAUUAAAAGGAAUUAGUUAUAUUAACUGAGUUUAGUGAGUCAGUGAUUUUAUUGCAUAAGUAUUAAAAAGAGGCAAACAUAGUUCUGAAUGUUACUGUGUAUAUGGCUCACUGGUGAAGGAAAGCAUGAAAACAGGAGAUCAACAGUGGGAAGACAUAGCUAAGUGUUGGAGUGUAAAGACUAUCUAACCACUGUGUUAUUGAUCUUCAUUUAUGGACUCAACUAAGCAACUGUAGUCUCUCCCCAAUCCUACCUGGGUGACUUCUGUUUGAGUGUCAAAAAUCAAUUAUACUGCCAGUCAUGUUGAGUCUUGCUUCAUGACAGUCAAC